UCGGGGGACUCCUCCCGACUGACGUCUGUUGAAUCGAGAGAUCGCCCGCCGCCGCCGGUCUUACAGGUUACAGCCUCAAGAUAUCACCCCGUCCCGUCCCUCCCGCCUCACCUAGCGAGACGCGCCCGGCGACUCCCCCUCGGCCCCGUCCACGGCGAUAGGUCGCCGGGCUCGCCGUCCUGCCUCGUUGCUGCCUCCGUGGCUCCGUUGCUCCCUGCCCACUUGGCGACUCCCACUUCCAAAUUCCAAUCGUUAAUUGUUGGCAUCCAAGCUUGGCGUGCAAGAGGAAUCUGCAGAUGUUGAUGUUCGCAUACAAGCAUGCAGGGGGGAACGCUGCAGGGUGUGGACUUGGUUGUUCAUGCUGCUAGACCUUUUUCAAAGGGAGGCUGAGUGUGUUGCUUUUGACAUCCUGCGUCCACUGGUCUGUUCACCCAUGGACAGCUUCAGGCAUGCACAAGUACAGCCGUCUCCUGUGGCACCGUUUCAGCAACCGUGCUAUUUUAUCAUCACUGAAAGCGAAUCAUCUGCUUGUGGUGAAUUUUGGCACUCAUCCACCACCCACGAGAUCAAGAAAGCAUGUGGGUCGUGACAUCCAUGAUGCACUGAGAGUUCUGCUCCUCAUUCCAGGUAAGGCUUUUAAUGGCAAAGCAGAAGGUCCGUCCCAUAGCCGCCUUAUCAACGACUGUAUGCACGACAUCUUGGGAGUUCAGUCCGAAAAUCAUGGUAUGCAUAAUGGAAAGGCGCAAUUUGUUAGCGCAAGCAGUAACCCGACACUACCUGACAUCAUUGAUUUGCGUGAUAUCUCUGCUUGUUAUUCCAUGAAUAAAUUCAAAAAGGAAAACAAAUUUAUGCUACUUGCUGAGAUGCGUAGGAGAGGAAUAAGUGCAGAUGUAUCUAUUUUCGCAUCUGCCAUAAGUUUUUGUGCUGUUAAGCAAUCCAUCAGGGGAGGUGGACAGCUCCAUGCUCUGCUGGUGAAAGUUGGUUAUGACUUGGCUGUCCUUUCUGGUACCUCUUUGAUCAGCUUAUACGCAAGAUGUUAUCAAUUGGAGAAUGCUUAUCAGGUUUUUCAGAACAUGCCAGUUAGAAAUGUUGUUUCGUGGACAGCACUCAUUUCUGGUUAUGCCCAGGAUAAUCAGGUUGAGCCAUGCCUCCAGGUGUUUCAGUUGAUGAGGCAGUCUGCAUGCAGACCUAAUGACAUCACAUUUGCCACUAUCUUCAGUGUUUGCACAAAUCACGCCCUUCUUGGACUUGGCAGAAGUGUUCAUGGUCUAGAACUGAGAAUGGGUUUUGAUUUGUGUGUGCACAUCUUGAAUGCACUGAUAUCAAUGUAUGCGAAGUGUGGGAGUAUAGAUGAGGCCCAGUUUAUAUUUCAGAGCAUUGCCUGCAAGGACCUAGUUUCUUGGAACUCCAUGAUCUUUGGAUAUUCACAGUAUGGCCUUGCAGAGCAUUGCCUAAAAUUACUGAAAGAAAUGGAAAAGGAACACAUAGUGCCAGAUGUAAUCUCCUUCCUCGGCAUCCUGUCAUCAUGUCGGCAUGCAUGCCUUGUCGAGGAAGGACGGCGCUGCUUCAAGGCAAUGCUGAAACUUGGAAUAGAACCAGAGUUAGAUCACUACUCGUGUAUGGUGGACCUCCUCGGCCGGGCAGGAUUGCUUGAUGAAGCGUGUGAUUUGAUCCAUACAAUGUCUAUGACUCCAAAUGCAGUCAUAUGGGGCUCUCUACUGUCUGCCUGUAGGAUGUAUGGAAACAUUCCUAUUGGCAUCCAUGCUGCAGAACAUCGUCUUAAGCUGGAGCCGAGUUGUGCUGCCACUCAUGUACAGUUAGCAAAUCUAUACGCCAGCAUUGAUUGCUGGAGUGAUGUGGCCAGAGUGAGGAAGAUGAUGAAGGAGAGAGGACUGAAGACGAACACUGGGUGCAGCUGGAUAGAAAUUGGCAGUAAGGUUUAUACUUUCACAGCAGAAAACAGAUCAAAGAGCCAAGUAAACAAUGUCCUGUCUGUUCUUGACUGCCUGCAAUCUCAUAUGGAAUACAAGUAUGAUGUGAUGAUAGAUGUUUCUUGAGUUUGAUGACCCUGAACAUUUCUUUGAAUAAAUAUUACGAGACUAUAUAUUGACAUAGCCAUGUGUACAUGGAGAUUGAAGAGUCAGUUCUAUAGAAAAAACAUGACUCGCACCUCAGAGAUUUGUGCUAUGAUUCAUCUGAUUUCCUGCCUCAAAAGUGUUUAAAAUAGUACAGCAUUACCACUGAGUUUCCCACCUAGCACUGAUUUGAAUUUUGAUGUUCAGUCAGUGUAGCCUUAUACACACUUGAUGACUAUUAGAUGUAAACUGAAAUCUCAUAAGACAAGGUUGGAAGGUUUUAUUUUA